AUGUCUCCUGUUCGCUUGUUCCCUCUCUUACUUGCAAGUCUUUUUGGUGCAUCCAUUGCUCUUCAAGAUGGUCAAAGGCAGCCUGAAUCUUGGUGCAUAACCUAUCUGUCAACUUAUCUGGUCCCUGUAUCAGAUGGUCAUACUCGCCCAACAACUUCUUCUGUUGACGAAGCCAUUAUCUCAGAGACCUCAGAAGCAGUUUUGACAUCUUCUACAGAUCUAGCUAUCCCCUCAACUUUCCCUUUUCCUGAUGAUUCAAUUACUAUUCCUUCGACCCCAAGUACAACUACUGGAGCUUCACUCCCCACUGCCAGUGGUCGAUCAGUGAUAUUCCGCGUCGUUCCAGCAUCGCAGGACGCUAAACGAGAUCUCCAGGCCAGGGAAGUUGGCGGUUUUGUUGGCAGUCAGUCUGAGAUCUGUGCUGCUGCCGCCAUCUUCAACCUUGUACAGGGCCGUUUGCUGGAUGGUACCUUGCCCAUAUACUACAACGGCGAGAGUUUCAAGGAGCUCCGCGGCUACCCGGGACCGUUACCUCGAGGGGCUGUUACUGAGACCUUUGCUGAUGAGGAUGGAUUCCUCCGAUUUUUCAGCUCAGCCCUACCAACGGGGGAGGCAGGCUUCUGUCAAGACACAGACAGCGGCCAAGUCUAUAUCACUUUCACUGCAUCGCCCCCAGGUUGCCAAACUAUAAGACUUUCUAUUACUGAAGUUGACGAAUGCCGAGACGGCGAUAUAUCCUCGAGCCCUUCUUCUCGACCUUCUAGUAUACCUCUGCAACCUCAGUCUACAUCAGCAUUGCUCGGAACGACAUCUUCCUGCAACACAGUCGCUCCUACGACCACGAAGGAUAUCCAAAAGGGUUCUUCCGCCAUAGAUUUCCCAACUUUCACUUCUCAGGUCAUGCCUGUGGAUACGAGCUCUGUUCAAUUUUUUAAUAGCUCUUCUUCUAUCAUAUUUUCAACACAUCCUGCUCUCACUCAAACAUCUUCUAUGUUGGACAUUUCAACCCCUGUCACAGAUUUCCUACCUACAUCUCAGCUGAGCUCCUGGGCUUCAAAUCUGGAGACUCUAUCCACGGAUGUCUUGGGAACGUCAGAAGAGCCACCUUCUAUCCUUGAGCCCACUACAGCUGCCACGUCAACUACUGCAAAUGCUAUAAAUACAAUUGGCACUAGUUCUGGUACGGACUCCACGGCAAGCCCUGUUGCUACCCCUUCUACCACGUCUGGGCCAUCAUCCAGUUUCGAGACUGAUACUAGCACAAUAUCCGAUCUGUCAUCGGAUGCUAGUUCAUCUUUUGACUCGAGCCAAACAGUCCUUUCGACGGCUGAUACCAGACUUUUCACCACGACAACUCUCGAUACCACAGCUGUCGAUACCACAGCUGUCGAUACCACAGCUGUCGAUACCACAACUGUCGAGACCACAGCUGUCGAUACCACAACUGUCGAGACCACGUCGAGACCACAACUUCAACCACUACAAGCUCUGAAGCGACGGGCACACAAUCCAUCUGACAAUGGUGUAGCAUCGAUCGUUCUGCCCUUUCAGGUACCGCUUUACGGUCAAUCUAGUGAUGUGCUCUAUAUCAGCCCCAACGGACUUGUUACACUAGGAGACGCCUUGGGUGCCGAUUCGGUCCCCUAUCUGGCCUUCCUACCAGAUGAAAACAUUGAGUCGCUGGCUAUUUUUCCUUACUGGAUUGACAUGAUAGUUUCAGAAGAUUCAGGGGCCGAAGUUACAUACCAGAUUGAGAACAUUCCCAACCAGCCUAGGGUCUUGACCGUAGACUGGUGUGUUUUCUCUACAUCAGAUUCAACUGAGCCAUACCACUUUCAAAUGGUACUCUCAGAGGAUGAGGUGACCCCAAUCACCUUCUUCUACUAUACCAUCCAGUCCGGGGGAACUCUUGCUACUAUCGGUGCCCAGAAUCGUGAUGCGGAUCAGUAUGUGCAGUAUUACGGUGCUAUCCCAGAUAGAACGUUCAUGGAAGUCGAUACGGUCGGCGGGGACAUACGGACUGGUCAGUUCUGA